GACUUUAUCCCUCUGGCUAUGGAGUCACCAGCUCUAGCUGAAGCCCUCAUCGCAUACUCAUCUGGCCACAUGUCACAUUCAGACCCAAGUUACACUACCGUAUCACUCACGGCACGGUCUAGAGCCUUGUGUGAGCUGUCAAUGACGAUCAGCCACCAAGACCAAACUGCUUCAGUCACUGAAACCGCACUAUCCGCUUGUCUUGUUCUUUUGACUUCUGAGGUGUGCUUGGGAAGUCACCAGAGCUGGUAUAAUCACCUUGUCGGAGCCAAACAUCUCAUCACUUGUGCUCAAAGUCAGGCUGAUGGGUCGCUCGUUCAGGGAGCCCAGGCACUGAGGUUGACAUCAGAGGGGCGAUGGAUCCUCCGUAACUUUGCGUACCACGAUAUCAUCGGUAGUGUAACCCUGGGAAUUAAACCUCUGCUCAGUCCCGAAUAUCUAAAGGAUAUUACACACGAGUUUGAUACCUACUUGGGCGUUGCUUCACCGCUUCUUGUAUACAUAGGCAAAACAACCUGCCUAAGUCUCAACCCCAUCGAUAUCGAGUUGGGUAUUCAUCCAUCAAGAAACCACCUGAGCAUCCAGCAUGAGAUCGAAAGCUGGAAGUGUCCUAAAGGAACCCCCUCAACUCUUCAGGCUGCAGCCUAUGCAUACCGCGGUGCUGCGCUUAUCUAUCUUUACCGAAAUAUGCGCCGCCAUCUUGAAAUAGAUAACAAUUACUACCUCACCUUUGGGAUACCAUUGAGCACUCUGAAUGAAAAGCUUCAAGCGAUCGUGGCGAAUACUUUGGAUAGUAUUGGGCAAGUACCCGAAAACGACGUUUCCGAGUCCUCCCUUCUGUUUCCUCUGUUUAUUGUUGGAGGGGAAGUUGAACGUACUGAUCAAAUGGAAUUUGUUCGUACGAGACUACAAGUGUCAUAUAACAAACGAAGAUUUCGCAACAUCUCGCGAGCGCUAGAAGUACUGGAGGAGCUGUGGGUUUAUCGCCUGAUUCAGGAUGUCGUGGGCGGGGAACGACCAGAUUGGGAGGAUAUCUUGAAGUCUAGCCAAGAGCCAUUACUUCUAACAUGAGGGAAUCACACGCAAGUUCUAGACCGGAUUACAAAGGUAGCUAUUGACUGUCGCCAUAUCGCAGUAA